GAAAGGCCCACUGAAACCCUUGACCGUCACAGACUCCACCGGCGCCCAUGUCAGCACAAGUGCCCACGUCAGCACCGGUGCCCAUGCCAGCACCAGCGCCCACAUCAGCACCGUUGCCCAUGUCAGCACCGUUGCCCAUGUCAGCACCAGUGCCCAUGCCAGCACCAGCUCGAUGUUACCACAGUCCAACCCAGCACCACAUUACACCGAACCACAUCCCAGGACCCCCUGUCCAGACCCGGCCUUGCAAAGAGGUAACGAUGCACCACCGGAUGCCCAGAAGCUGGUCACCUCGGUCAAACAGCAAGAGAGCAAAUGCAAUAUUGACUCGGAGACCCUUGCUUUAAUUCGGGAGAUCGGGUCAGCCCUGCUGAUGAGUCCCAGCUCGGCUAAGCCAAAAGACAAAGAUGAUGAGGACUCCUGCUCUAACAUGGUCAAGUAUUUUGUCAGAAAGAUAGAAAAACAGACAGUUCCUGCAGCCAAGCCUGAUAUUAUUCUUAUAGACAGCGAUGUUAGGAAGCCUGAGAGAGCUGAGUCGAGGAUAAGGACCAGCGAGAGUGACACCUCAGGUGUCAGCAGUUUGUCCCAUGAUCUCCUGACGGGCAGCACGCCGGUUAAAAUCGGUAAAGGGGAUGGCCCCCUGGUGUCCAGCCCAGCCGGUGCACUGUUGAACAGUCCAAGUAAGAAUGUCAAAGCCGAUAGUACUCAGCUGCCUUUCAGUUCACAAAGAGAUCUUAAAACAAACGGCUCAUCUCAUAUAAUCCUUGUAGAAACUAAAUCUCACGCAGCACCAUCUUCCUUGGAUCUGAGUAAGCCAGAACAUGGUGCAAGUGCAUCUGUUGGGGGUCAUUCUCCACUGUCC